AUGGCUUUCGAACCACAGUUUAUGGCGGUAGCUUCCAACGCAAACUAUAGUGUUUCGUUUUGGAUUUACUUUGUCGACUGGAUACUAUCCUUGGUUUUAGGACUUGCUUUCUUGUUCUACUUCCAUAAACUACUAGGGUUUCUAGUUACACUAAUAUGUAAACUUGUACUAUGGCAAACCUACCGCAUUAGGGUUCAUGUUGAUGCAUUUAAAUUGUCGCCACUAGGGGGUCGACUAUUUAUGAAGAAUCUAACAAUAGUAACAGCAGACUCAACUGUUUCUAUAUUGAAUGUCACAUUCACUUGGAGGUAUUGGAUACCAUCAUUAACAAGGCUAUCGGGGUUCUAUUGGGAUGCUGACUAUGAAACUGGUGGAAUUUCUCAGUCUCAAAAUGACAAACUGCCGUGCAGGUUUCUCGUUGUGGUAGAAGGGUUGGAGAUUUUCACUUAUAACAAAACCGGUGCCUACGAUAAUAUAAUAGAUAUCUUGAAUGGGAAGAACGGAAAUGGUCAGGACAAUGACAGGAAUGAAAAGGGAGAAAAUAGAGUAGAUGGGGAAGACGAGGGAGAGAAGGAAUCAAGCGCUUUUUCAGAUGACUAUGACGCUCGUGGUCAACGCGAUGAGAAGGAUCUGAAUGAUGCCGAUAACGAAUCUUCAAAAGACCCUUAUGUACGCACUAAACGCUCAUUACCACUUUUGUUGCAAAUUUUACCUAUAGACUUCAAGAUAAAGAAGGGAUCAUUUGUAAUUGGAAACGUCACAACACCAUCCAUUAUAGUUGCAUCAUUCAAAUAUGGAAGGGGAUUGUUGGACAUCACCAAAGCACCAAAUCCUGCUGACUAUUACAGGAUUCUACACGACUUCCAGUUUGACGAAUUUCAGAUUUGGAUGAGGCCGAAUAUUGGAUUCGACAAGUAUAGAUACGGGAAAGAAGAACAUGAAAAAGCGCACUCAGGCAGUGGUAGAUUAGAUAAUUUGCGUGAUAUAAAAUCAUAUAAACUUUGGUAUAAGUUUUUGGUUGCCAGUAGGUGGAUUGGCCGGAAAGUAGAACAAAAGCUUCAAAGAAGACCCAGUUCCAACGAUUUCAGUCAAAAAGACGAAUUUGACUGGAAAGGUUUAAAAAGAUACGUAGGGGACGCCGAAGAGCCAGGAAUAGUGGCCCUUCUUAGCAGUGAUGAGCAAUAUGCAAAAUAUAGCUUAAUUCUUGACUCCACAAUGACUAGGUUCGUGUAUUUUUACGAUUCACCAGGAAUACAAUCGGCUAGCACAAAAUUAUCUGAAAGGGCAGCGCCAGAACUGGGACUUGAGAUUGAGAUUUCAUUUGGAACAAUGCAUUACGGGCCAUGGGCCGACAGACAAAGAAUCCCACUUCAGAAUAUGUUAUUCCCUUCUCUUGCUAGGGAUUCACAUCCUACUACAAACUUUUUGAAGGCGGGCCUUAAAAGGGAGUAUGAGGGAUUUAAGCUUACCGUUAUCGUCAGAGACGAGUUGGUGGUUAGAAUACCUACAAGGGAAGCAAGUAAGGACAAGGAAUUUUUAAAGCAGAAUCAGAAUCAGAAUCAGAACCAUCAAGCAUUUCAAAAGACAGCGCGACCAUUCGGCUGGCUCGAGAUUAAAGUUGCCGAAGGAUCAAAUGUGGGGGUGUUUACUUCUUUUGUAUCAAACAAGGAGAAAGGUUUUCCAAACAAGCUAAAGGUGAACCUUAGCAACCCAGAAAUUAGGUCCUCGGUGAACCAUGAUGUUUUAUAUUCAGCAGACUCACACGAGAUUGAUGCUGAUGUUACCCUCCCAUUAGAGUGGAAUGGCCAAUGUAAUUGGACAUUCGAUCAAGUCAGUUUGAAUCCUAGAUUGUUCUUAUUAAGAGAACAUCUUUUCUUAUUGUCUGAUCUUUUCACUGACUUUGCCUCGGGCGAACCACAACCGUAUGAAAACUUUAGACUUUUUUUGUACAAAAUUAAUUGGAAAUUGAUCAACUAUGAACUUUUUUUAAAUGUGAAUGAUUCAAACAUCAUCAACAACCCAUUAGAUUUCAAUAGCAACAAGUAUUUAUCAUUUCAAGGUAAGGAGCUUAAUCUAGAUGUAUCUGUUCCUUUGAAUGGUACUAGCUCCAAAAAGACAACGAUUUCUUAUACCUUGAACACUCCUCAUUUUGAUUUGAUUCUCGACACUCCUCCGUGGCACACAGUCAACGCAUUUUUGAAAGGAUCCAACACCGUUGGCAAGAGUGGUCCAUUUCUGGUUCAAGGUGCUUACACAUUUUACAGCGCUGUUGAGGUCAACACUGCAAAUUGCGUUGAAAUUAACUGUAUUGGAGAUGAUAUAUGCCUCAAAUUUUAUGGGUUUGUGGUACGCUAUUUGUUUACCAUAAAGGAUAACUAUUUCGGAGAGCAUGUGCAUUUUAAAACUUUUGAGGAGUACAAUUAUGGUAGUGUGAGUUCAGAGUCGCUCAAAGAUUCACAAUCUCUCAAUGGUUCGACAGAGGAUGACAAAGAUUACUGGAAUAUGAUCAAAGCUGAAAAUGAUGUGGAUGUGCUUUUCAAGUUUCAAGUUAGAAACGGACUAAUGCUUCUUCCUCGAAACUUGUACAGCUGUGCAAGUCACAUAGGAUUACAUUUUGACAUGUUGGAUGUUGACAUGCGGUUCUGCAACUACUAUAUGGAUAUGCAAGUCGAUUUCAGUCCGAUUUCUGGAGUUUUUAUCAACGCAGACGUGGAACCCAAGGGUUUAAUGGAUGUGUCCAGCUACGUUGACAAGUAUUUCUGCUCCGAUAUUGACAUGCAUGUGGACGGAUUCAAUGUUCAUUCGCACCGAAUGUUUAGUGCCCCUCCGGAAGAAGUGACCUUUUGGUGCAAAUGGGAUUUCUGCUUCGGAGACUGGGUUAUUGAUAGUAACCCUUACUUCCUACAAUGUUUGACUUCCGGUCUAUUAAACUUUGGUGUAGGAUUUAAAGACCAAGCUAAUGCAUUGGAAGAAUUAUUCCCACCUGCCUUUGAUGCAGCGAAUUUUUCAAUUCGAUGCUCAAAAUUUGUUUUCAAAGUGAAACCAGAUGCAGUUUCUUACGUUGAGAUAAUAUUCGAUGAUAUUUUGUUGUCGAUGAAUGAUGUACCUAAUAUGAGGUACUCCAGCAAGUUAGUGGUUUCUAUACCAGACAUCUCUGCCAAAGUUGUUGCCAUAGAUAAUGAAAAGCAUGAGAUAAUAUUGGCAGCAAUCAGCACUUCAAUUGUUUUCACAAACAUAUGCCAAAAGGCUGAUAUGAUUGGCUUAAGGGAGGCAAGAGAACUUCAUGUUAGGGACGGGGAUGCACCUUUCCAUAGAGCUCCCUUUCUUUUAUUUGAAGAUUUUAGAGAUUCGGUGUACAAAAAAAACAAGGGUUGCCUUUUAACAACCAUGUCUCUUCCUAAAGUGCAUGUACCACUCACAGAGGCAACCCUGAAUAAAUGGAUGCGAAAAGGUCUGCUGUCCUCAGUUGAUUCAGACACGUCAUCCUGGACUUUGUCAAACAAGUCUUCUGAUGUUGAAUUGCCCACAGUGAAUUACUGGGAUGAUGAUUUUUGCCCAUCUUACGCAGUAGAUCCAGAUACAGAGUAUGACAACUUGAUUCUCGAGGUUGGUGACGUUAAGUCCUUUAUAAGUCCUGCAUGUUUACCAGUCGUUUACAAACUUGUCCGAGCAUAUGAAGAUUUUGAUCUAGAAUCGAUAAUGGAUCAAGUAGGAGCCACAACUAUCAAAGUACUCCAGAAUCUUAUGCGCUCUUGGAAAGAAGUCAAAAACUUGCGAUUGAUUAAUCAUAACCUUGUUUUAAAUGUUGGUCUACACCCUCUUAACCACAUGGAGGAUUUAAAAGACUUUGAACAAGACAAGGGUAGUGUCACGUUAAGAGUCGCCAAUUUGUCUUUGGCAUUAUCGAGCAAGACAGAGCUUUCAACCAAGUCAGGUAAAAUUGAGCUUGAUGAAAGCAUGACAUUAGCAUACCAUGUGGGAAUUUUGGCUUUGAGUUGUCAGCAAAAGAAUACACACACAAUGGCAUUAGUUUUGAACAUACAAGACAUAGAGGGUUGGUUGGACAAAACCAAAGAAAGUAGUGACGGAUCAAGUCGGUAUGACUACUUGGAUGGUGAUGUCGAUGUCGAACAGGCUCAAUGGCUCGUAGAUGAAUUCGAGCAAAUCAGUCAAGACUUUACUCGGGAAUUGAAAGUGUUUGAAAAAUUACAAAGUAAACGGGCCACUCAUGCCAAUUUAGUUUAUGCAUUAACGGUUGCUUCCUCUGAGUUUGCUAUUGAUCACGACCCAGACGUUCUUACACGUCCAGCUUACUUUUUAAGGUUGAAAUCUGAACAUAUAAGAUUUUUUGAUGGUUGGAAGGUGACUGCUCGACUUCAACAUAUACUUCGUACUUUGCCCAAGUCGUGGAUCGAUGAUACGACGGCAAAAUUUAAAGCACACGCGUACGAGCUUCCAGCCAAUGCGUACGAGCAAGUCUUGGAUAUAUUCUCAGGGUGGAGAACAUGGGAAGCGAAUCAACAACAGAGGCUUUAUAUGUUCAAGAGAAUAUUUGGAAAGGAGCUUCUGGAAGUUGCAAAGAAAACUUCCAAGUAUGAUUUUGUGGGAAUUUCAACAACUUUCAAAGGUGGCGACCGUAAAGAUCCAACAUUUGUCAAUCUCGAAGAACUUGAUUUUAGUUUCAAGAGUACAUUUGACGAUUCGCGAGGGGAUUUAUCUGCUGUUGCAGAAAUGGUUGUGAAAUUGAAUUCCUACGAAAGUAAAAUUACAAAGGAGAUUUUUGAAAUCGCAAAAACAUUCCUCCUGAAGCGUGUUGCCAAUAAGCAUGAUUCUGUUCUGAGCCGGGAGGAAAGCACAGGUGACUUCAAGACAAAGGCGGCAGAAACUAUACCAGAAGCACACCCUUCCGUCAAGACAACAACAAAUAUAGUAAUCGACGUGAAGGCGUUUGAGCAAACCUUGUCUUUGUUCACAACCUCUAUAGGUAUCAGAUUGCACGACUUGUUGACCCAUAUUGAUUCCAGUGACAUUUCGAAAGGACAUAUCUAUGCGUUUAAAGCCAAUGAAGCAGAAUUGCGAAGUACAGUACAUUCAAAGAACGUGUUGAUGCAGAAAUUUAUGGAAAUGCAACUUUUAUUUGCUCUAUCUGACAAGGCUUCACACAUGGACGUGGAGAUAGGCGCUUCGCGGACCUUUCUUUUCGACAAAAAUGAUGAUGUUGUUAGCUCACUACGCGCGGUUUUAGAGGACGAAUAUCCGUACGUGAUGGACUUGAUAGACUUGGUGGACUCUGUCCCAAAGAGAUCGAAUUUGGCGCCUGCUCACCCCAAACAGCCAAAGGCUAUGUCAGCCUCAGUGAAGUUGAAGGAAGCAAUCUGGAAUUUGGGUGUUUUUCAUCCUCUUCUGGCCUCUGGUGCUGUGUUGAAUACCGCCUUCACUACAUCCAUAAUCAAUGAUGUUGUAUUAUCGAAGUUGCAAGUCGAGAGGCUCCGAAGUAACUUAGGUUUUGAUUUGAACAACUUACUUGAAUUACAAGCUUCAGAUAUUAUGGCUUCUAUGUCAUUUUGCAAACAGGAAAAGUUUUCAAUGAUAACUUCAAACGUGUCUUUGGGGUACUUUAAGGCUAUGUUACCAGAUCUAAACCGGGGCAUGAAAUUAGCCACUGAAGAUAAAGUGGUGCUUGAGCGGCAAGUAAACGAUAUAACAGACUUGCUCAAAAAGGUUGCCUCUACCGAGAAGGCAGUCCAAGAAAAAUCCGAAAGCACGCCCUAUCUAUUUAAAUUCAGAUUUAGAAACGAUUACGCGGAAGUGUCGACCGUUGUCCAAAGAGCUAGUGUCAGUUUUGGUUUAGAAGGGACGACUUUGAAUUUGAGUAAUGUUUCCACAACUCAACCAUUAGAAAGGAACCCUACAAAUUGCAAAGUUCCAUUAUACGGUGAUAUUUCGCUACCGGCAAUUAGACUCACAUUAAUGGAAAAGGGAAUACCAAUUGGUUUAUCCAACAUUUUAUCAUUUGGUGUUUCGGUGAGACUUUUUAACGACGUAGAUACACCAGGAAACCGUCAAAAUUUACAAGUGGAGUCACAAUAUUUCCGAGUUUGUUUAUCGGAACCAGUUGUAUUGUCGGCAAUAUCGGUGGUUGACGAGGUUAUGAAGUAUUUUCCAAAUACAAAAGAAGCUUCACAAGUGCCACCACCGGAUGCAAUUCAAUCACCAGAUGCAGGGAGAAAUACAUUGGAACUGUGGAUAUACACCAAAUUUUCAGCAUUCCAGUUUUUAUUUUACGACUUUUGCAUUGGAUGGCUUUUCAACGAUACUUCCAAGGAAAAUCCUGGAAUUAUAGUAGGUGCUGAGAAGUUUUUUGCAGCAACUGAGGAGAGUUUAGGAAAAUUCACAUUAAUGGGAUCUUACUUUUCCAUUGCAAAUGGCAAUCAAUCUUCUAAUUUCUACAGCUCGGAGACGGAACAAGUGCGUUUGAAUAGAGCUUUCCUUCCAAUGUUGCAAUUGAUAUUCAUGAUUGAGAAACAAUCAAAAGCAUCGAGACACUUGGGAAUAACCCUACGUGGAGAUGAAAUAGAUGUCAAAUUCUUGUCAACCUCAAUCGGAAAUACUAUUCAAAAGUCGGCCGCUCAAGCCUCAAGGAUUCAAAAGUAUUUGGAACGAAGAGAAAGUACUCGUCCUUCUGGAGAAAAGAAGGAAAAUAGCGAGAAAACGACCAAGCAGCCAUCUGUGCACACCUCAUUCCAAUCAAUUGAAUUUAGUUCUGCCUUUGCUGGGUCAAAUGUGUCCAUCUAUAGGUUGGAAGACGAGGAACAGGAGAGUACGCCGUCUUUGUAUAUGCACGCGCCUGCUUUCAAUACGACAUUUAGAUUCACAAAAAUGAAGGAUUCCAAGAAUCAGGUCAUGGGAGAAGUAGUGAUAUCGCAAUCCGAAAAUGUUCUAUUCCCAAAGUGUGUCCCAGUUUUCUUGGAUUUGGCGACUAGCACUAAAGAUUUGAUGCGUAGUCCAAAGCCAGCUAAGGAAAAGUCGGACGACGAUAAUGCAAAUAAUACAGACUUUAUUGAGAGUUUACUUCAAGAGAUGGAUAUCCAUUUUGGACUUCGAAUUGAGAAGCAAUUUCUUACGCUCAGUUGUGAACCAACAGCCAAAGUGGCUGCAGUUGUUGGACUUGAGGGCAUUCAUGUACAAUUGAAUACAGACAAGGGAACAACUCCAAGCUUCACAGUAUCGAUGCUAUCGGACUGGGUUUCGGCUUCAUUGCAACAUGUGUAUUCAAGAGAAAUCAGUGCGUCGAUGAAGGUGGAGAAAAUCCUUUUGCUGAGUAACUUUGAGAUCGGAGCAAAGAAUCAAAACAUUACAUCGGGAUGUUUGACUGAAAUGAAUGGGUUUGUUAACGUCAAGCAAUAUCAAGAUGUCGAUUUAUUCAAGGAUAUUUGGUUUCCAAAAGAGUUGUUUGAAAUCUACGCCACAGAAGAUAGAGUGGAAAAAGGCCAUGAAAAACAGGAUCGACAAGCUUCUGAAUUGGCUCAAGAUAAGAAUAUUUCUGCAAAGUUCAAAGAAGUAUCGACCACUUAUGCCUUCCCCUGGAUAGUCCUUUUUGUCGCAAAUGCUAUCAAUCUUGAAGUAGAUUUUGGCCAGUCUUUGGGUGUUUCGAAUUUAACUAUUGAGAAUUUUUGGGCAGUAUCCAAAAAGUCACUCGACUGGUCUCAAGACUUGAAAACCGGAAUCAAUGCUAUUAAAUUAUCGUCCAAAGGUAGGUUAGGUGGAUUCUUGACCAUUAAUGAUGUCAAUUUACACACUGCUAUAAGUUGGAAACUUAAAGAUGGAGAUACUUUGGAUGUACCGUUGAUUUUACUAUCAGGAGGUGUUGAUAAGUUGGUCGCAAAAGUGUCGUUUGAUUACAAUGUUGUUGCAAUUGCCAAUUUUGAAUGUUUUUCGAUGGACAUAUACAAUCGAAAGGGAGCGGUUUCAAUUGCCAAGGAUCAUUUGUUCGUUAACACCAAGUUCAAUGUAGCCGAGUUGUACGUGACUUCUUUAACAGCUUCGAACUUUGUUGAUAUUGGCAAUACGAUAUCCCGUAUGAUCCAAGACAACCGAAGGUCAUACAAGGAAACAUUGAGGGACUCGAGCAGAGACAACUCGACCAACAAAAAGGCGUCGUCACGCUCGCACUCAAGUGAUGACAUUUUGAAGACCAUCAAGAAGUUACAGACAAAGAUCUACGCUUCAGCAGGAAAGAUUUUGGUUCAUAUAUACCCAUCGUCAAUUGAUAAUUCCAAAGUGUUGGUGAUAAACUUGGACGAGUCACGGAUCAAGUUUCAACAAAAUGAAUAUGGCCGCAAGGUUGCAAAUGAGUUGGAUUUACAGUUUAAUGACUUGAAAGUCUCGUUGUCGAGCGUUGCUGCCGUGGAUGAAGCUUUUGUAGAAAAAUGUACCGUUGAUGAGUUUGUUGACGUGGCACACAAGGCAAAGGGAGGCAAUAUAUUUGUCUUUCCUUCGUUUAGGAUAUCCAUGCGGACGUUCCAGCAGGACAAAACGAAUGUCAUUGAAUACUACUAUCAAUCAACAUUCAACGGAACGGUUGACAUUCGGUGGAACUUGGGGUCAGUCAACUUUAUCCGAGAGAUGUACUCGAUCCAUUCAAAUGCGUUGGCAUCUAGAUUGGAGUAUCGACAUAGAAUGAGGACACUUGAUGAUAUUGAAAACUCGAAAUCUAUCUUGAAACAGCAAUUGAAUGCCGAAGAUCCAACCAAAGACAUCGACGAUGCUAUCCAAGAGAGGCUCGAAAAGGCCGAGACAAUGUCAAAGUUUCAAUACAUGGCUUUGGCCCCGCCUAUUAUAGAAGCGCCACAGUUAAAAGAGCUAGGGAAUGCAACACCCCCAUUGGAGUGGUUUGGAUUGCAUCGCGACAAGUUUCCUAACUUUACACAUGAGUUGGUAAUUGUAAACUUGCAAAAAUUGGUUCAUGAGAUUGAGGUACGUUAUUCAAAAACCUUGGGGAAAGCGUAG